UGUUCGUUUGUCCGAGCCAAACACGCGUACGAAAGCCUCUCUCUCUCUCUCUCUCUCUGUACUUAUCUCACUCUCUCUCUCUCGCUCUCUCCCCAUUUUCUCAGAGAAAAGCAGAGAAAAAAAAAAAAAAAAAGGAUAAAAAAGCGAUUUAUCUGUAGAAAAAGAGAAAUUUACGAUGGCCGAUCAACUCACCGACGACCAGAUCUCCGAGUUCAAGGAAGCCUUUAGCCUUUUCGACAAAGAUGGCGACGGUUGCAUCACUACCAAGGAGCUUGGAACAGUGAUGAGGUCACUGGGUCAGAACCCAACUGAGGCAGAGCUCCAGGACAUGAUUAACGAGGUUGAUGCUGAUGGUAAUGGGACCAUCGACUUCCCUGAGUUCCUAAAUCUAAUGGCCAGAAAGAUGAAAGAUACUGAUUCUGAGGAGGAGCUGAAAGAGGCAUUCCGAGUUUUUGACAAAGAUCAGAAUGGUUUCAUCUCUGCUGCUGAGCUGCGUCAUGUGAUGACAAACCUUGGCGAGAAGCUUACCGAUGAAGAGGUGGAUGAGAUGAUUCGCGAAGCUGAUGUUGAUGGUGAUGGCCAGAUAAAUUAUGAGGAGUUUGUCAAGGUGAAUGGCAAAAUGAAGACCCCAUCUUCACCAUAAUAUAAAAUGAACAUGAUCUUCAUUAAAAGGACGAAAAAAAAAAAAAAAAAAAAAAGAAGGAAAACGGGAUUAACUAUUAUAAAGGGAUUCCUAGUUUCCUCCCUUUCAGUUUUUAUUUGAUGGUUUUUGUAAUCAAUCCUUUGUAGAUGUAGUCCUGUUCUGAUGUUGUGGUGGAAGUGUUGUUUAGUCUUUGCCUUUCAUAUGUGUCUUGUGAUAAAAGUGUCUUGGUAGUUUAAAUUUUUUUUUUAUUUUUUUAUUUUCCAUUUUAUGGUCUCUUUUGAACGUAGAUUACCAUGGGAGGGAUUCAGUGUUCAAUGUUGCAUGGAUAGCUCAAUUGAUUAUUUAACCUUUGUCUA